AUGGACGCAAGAUGGAAUGUCACCAAACGAGGGUUUAUUAGGUACACAUUUCUUCUACUUCUGAUACUCGUGGCCCUUUCUUUUAUCGCCAUCUUCAAUCACACCCAAUUCCAAAACAUAUCUUCAUUCUUACGACCACUUUGGGAAACACCACCACCUCCAUUUCAGUACAUACCCCAUUACUACCCAGAAAACGCCUCCAUCAACAACCUCUACAACCUCCAUGGAUGGACCGUAAGCUCUGAACCACGCAAUGUCUUCGAUGCUAUCCUAUUCAACAACGAACUCGACUUACUUGAACUCAGAUGGCGUGAACUUUACCAAUGCUUUCGGUUCAGCUGCCAAUACUUUCGGUUCAGUUGCGCUGUUUGUGGUCUGUUUGUGGUAUUCUUGCUGGGUGGAUUUAUCAUGCCCAAAGAUAUGGUGGAUAACCUAUUGACCCAUGUUCAAAUCCUAGCACCACUCAGCCCUUGUGGCCAUGGAGGUUCGCCUGCAGUGACUCCAGGGCAUGAAGCAAAGCUUUAUGUUUGCAGCGGGGGAUUAGUCGGUGCGCGAAAGCUGGCCCGGAAACCCUCGUUAGGAAUGAAAGAGAGAACCAGGGAAGUUGGCAUUAUUGUUUCUACAAUGAAUUCAUUUGGUAGUAUCCUUCUGCAGUCUCCAUCAACAUUGGAUAUUGAUCAAGGGAUAUGUUUUCCUUGUAUCUAUUUGCAGGACCACAUAAGGGUAAAAAGGAAAGAAGUUGUUUUUGUUGUUGAUACGAGUGAAAGCAUGAAGGAAAACACAUUUGAGGUUACAAAGAAUGUAGGGAUAUCAGCAAUCUCAAAGCUUGAUGAAGAGGAUCGUUUUUGUAUAAUGACAUUUAAUGAUGAGACUCAUUUAUAUUCAUCGAUUUUAGAGUUAGCAAAUAAGGAAUCAAUUGGAAAUGCAACCUAA